GAGCGUCCUUCCUAGACCAUUGGCCUACUGGCGUGGCUCGCGGCCGGCGGGCUCGGGCUGGCUGAAAAGGCGGUGAUCUCCGCGUGGCCCCGGAAGGACUUUGUGGGAAGGCGGGCGAAGGAAGCAGCCGAGAGGCGGAGGUAGCCCGAGAGGGCGGUUGCGUGCGGACCAGACGCCUGCGGCCUGGUGAGCUUCCAGACGCCGGCCCUCCCGGAUCCAAGCCUGCCGAGCCACCAGGCCACCUCUCCCCCUUGUGCUUCCGGGAGCCGUCGCGAGCGAGUGCGCCUGCGCGACGGCCACUCCGCGCGCCUCACCGCUGUCCUCGCGCCGGCCGGCUGCCCGAAGGUUCCUGCUGCGCUUCCCGCCCGGCGUCUCGGCUCGGCGGCGCACCGGCGUGCGGCAUGUCACGGCGACGGCACAGCGACGAGAACGAUGGGGGACAGCCUCACAAAAGGAGAAAGACCUCUGAUGCAAAUGAAACUGAAGAUCAUUUGGAAUCUUUAAUAUGCAAAGUAGGAGAAAAGAGUGCCUGCUCUUUGGAGAGCAACCUAGAAGGCUUGGCUGGCGUUCUGGAAGCUGAUCUUCCUAACUAUAAGAGCAAGAUCUUAAGGCUUCUUUGUACAGUUGCACGUCUGUUACCUGAGAAGUUGACAAUUUAUACAACAUUAGUUGGACUACUAAAUGCCAGGAAUUACAACUUUGGUGGAGAAUUUGUAGAAGCCAUGAUUCGUCAACUUAAAGAAUCGUUGAAAGCAAACAAUUAUAAUGAAGCUGUAUAUUUGGUCCGUUUUUUAUCUGAUCUUGUGAAUUGUCACGUCAUUGCUGCCCCAUCAAUGGUUGCUAUGUUUGAAAAUUUUGUAAGUGUAACUCAGGAAGAAGAUGUGCCUCAGGUGCGCCGGGAUUGGUACGUGUAUGCAUUUCUAUCAUCUUUGCCCUGGGUUGGAAAGGAGUUGUACGAAAAGAAAGAUGCAGAGAUGGACCGAAUCUUUGCCAACACUGAAAGCUAUCUUAAAAGACGCCAGAAGACUCAUGUGCCCAUGUUACAAGUAUGGACUGCAGAGAAACCGCAUCCACAAGAAGAGUAUUUAGAUUGCCUCUGGGCCCAGAUUCAGAAAUUGAAAAAGGAUCGCUGGCAGGAGCGGCACAUCCUAAGACCUUAUCUUGCCUUUGACAGCAUCCUGUGUGAAGCACUGCAGCACAACCUGCCUCCUUUCACACCACCUCCUCACACUGAAGAUUCGGUGUACCCGAUGCCAAGGGUCAUCUUCAGAAUGUUUGAUUACACGGAUGAUCCUGAGGGUCCUGUAAUGCCAGGGAGUCAUUCAGUGGAAAGAUUUGUAAUAGAAGAGAAUCUUCACUGCAUCGUUAAGUCCCACUGGAAGGAAAGGAAGACUUGUGCUGCACAGCUAGUGAGUUAUCCUGGGAAGAACAAGAUCCCCUUGAACUACCACAUAGUUGAGGUGAUAUUUGCAGAACUGUUUCAACUUCCAGCACCCCCUCACAUUGAUGUGAUGUACACAACACUUCUCAUUGAACUGUGUAAACUUCAGCCUGGCUCUCUACCCCAAGUUCUUGCACAGGCAACUGAAAUGUUAUACAUGCGUUUGGACACGAUGAAUACUACAUGCGUAGACAGGUUUAUUAACUGGUUUUCCCAUCAUCUAAGUAACUUCCAGUUCCGUUGGAGCUGGGAAGAUUGGUCAGAUUGUCUUACUCAAGAUCCAGAAAGUCCCAAACCAAAGUUUGUAAGAGAAGUUCUAGAAAAAUGUAUGAGGUUGUCUUACCAUCAGCGUAUAUUAGAUAUUGUCCCUCCUACCUUCUCAACUCUAUGUCCUGCAAACCCAACCUGCAUUUACAAGUAUGGAGAUGAAAGUAGCAACUCUCUUCCUGGACAUUCGGUUGCCCUCUGUUUAGCUGUUGCCUUUAAAAGUAAAGCAACCAAUGAUGAAAUCUUCAGCAUUCUGAAAGAUGUACCAAAUCCUAACCAGGAUGACGAUGAUGAUGAAGGAUUCAGCUUUAACCCAUUGAAAAUAGAGGUCUUUGUACAGACUCUGCUACACUUAGCGGCCAAGUCAUUCAGUCACUCCUUCAGUGCUCUUGCAAAGUUUCAUGAAGUCUUCAAAACCCUAGCUGAAAGUGAUGAAGGAAAAUUACAUGUUCUAAGAGUCAUGUUUGAGGUCUGGCGGAACCAUCCACAGAUGAUUGCUGUACUAGUAGAUAAGAUGAUUCGUACACAGAUUGUUGACUGUGCUGCAGUAGCAAAUUGGAUCUUCUCUUCAGAACUAUCUCGUGACUUUACUAGAUUGUUUGUUUGGGAAAUCUUGCACUCCACAAUUCGUAAGAUGAGCAAACACGUUCUUAAGAUCCAGAAAGAGCUAGAAGAGGCUAAAGAAAAACUCGCAAGGCAACAUAAACGGCGAAGUGAUGAUGAUGACAGAAGCAGUGACAGGAAAGAUGGGGCUCUUGAGGAACAAAUAGAAAGACUGCAGGAAAAAGUGGAAUCUGCUCAGAGUGAACAAAAGAAUCUCUUCCUUGUCAUAUUUCAGCGUUUUAUCAUGAUCUUGACUGAGCACUUAGUACGAUGUGAAACUGACGGGACCAGUGUAUUAACACCGUGGUAUAAGAACUGUAUAGAGAGGCUCCAGCAGAUCUUCCUACAGCAUCACCAAAUAAUCCAGCAGUACAUGGUGACCCUGGAGAACCUGCUCUUCACUGCUGAAUUAGACCCUCAUAUCCUGGCUAUGUUCCAGCAGUUCUGUGCCCUGCAGGCCUAAGGGUCAUUUUUUUUUUUCCCUUCCUGUCAAGAUUUUUUUAAGAUCUCAAAAUAAUGUCUUAUUUUUGAUGGUUUGAAUGCUUGCUUUCUUGUAGCAUCCUUUCUUGAAGCAGAGGGGGAGGACAGGACAGUGAAGAAUAUGGUUACCUUUAACUGCCCCCUAAAAAGCAGAUACUCCCUAAUGACAAUAAUGUGACAAUGACCAUAGGAUGUAUUAUAUAUGUGACAGAUACAACUUUUCUCUGAUAUUUUUUCUCCUUAAGGCACAAAAGAUAACUGAUUUGAGGUAUGUGAAACACUAGAGGUCAAGCUUACAAAGUAGUAUAUAGAACUGAUGAGUUUAUUAUCAAGUAGCAUAGCUUUUCACAGCUCAUGGGUAACCUAACAAACAUGGCUGAAAUAAAACUGAAAAUAUGUUUU